UCAUUAGGGCUCCCCCGCCUCUCUCUAUCGUCUCUCCUCCCCUCCCUCCCCUGUCGGCCUGCCUCGCUGUCAUUGGCUGCUUCUACCAGGACCACCGCUGACUGGAUUGUCGUGAUUACGGGACACAGGAGAGCGGGGAGGAGGUGGGAUGGGUUGAUGUUGCCACGGUAAUAGAGGAGGCGACCACUCACCAAAUCAUCGAGCCGGGGCUGAAAUGGAAAAAAAAAAAAAAUCAAGUGGAGCGAUGCGGAAAGCGGGUUAGAGGGUGAGAGAAUGAAAGGAGGAGAGGAGGGGGGCACAAUAACAACAACAGCCAGGGAUUAGGCAUCGACUGAGCAAUCAGGAAGUCCAUUUAGGACAAAGCAGCGUUAAAAAUCCUCCCAGACUUCAGCCGCCAUCGUCAGAGCCGAGCUGCCGGUCCGAUUCGACAGCUGCUCAAGAUCUGUUGGGAGGGGUAAAAAAUAGAAGCACACAAAGGAAGGAUGAAACAUGGAUAGGUGAAAAAUUAAAAACAGCUCCUGUAUGAUCUGUCCCCUUCGCUGCUGUGAUAUUUCACUGCUGGCGAUGAGUGAGAGGAGGUAAGCUGGCCGGUGUGAUGCCUGGGACACAGAGAGAGAGAGAGAGAGAGAGAGAGAGAGAGAGAGAGAGAGAGAGAGAGAGAGAGAGACAGAGAGAGUAGGACAUUGCUGAAUAUGAAGAGCAUGUGUCAGCACUGAGGCAGGGCAAACAAGAGCAGUUGAGAGUGAGAGAGCGCGAGAUGAGCAGGGUGGCGCGGCGUUGGAUGGGACGAGAGGAAUAGAGCCUGCUGGAUUUGUCACCUCCAGUGCCACACCUUGGCUGCAUCAUCCCAAUGCUCCAUCCUGGCUGCAGCAGCUUCUACACAUGGGAUUCCCUCGUCUAGGAGGACAACGGCCAGUAAAUUAAUUUAGAACAAUCAGUUUAACACCUCUGAUGCUCUCUGAAGAUUUAAGGCACUGGCAUGUGAAAAGGACCAUCUGUACUGUCUUUUGAGGAAGUGGAUUAAUUCAGUUUUUCUUCAGAAGAGGAAGAAUCUGCACCUGCCCACAACAUUUCAAAAAUAGGGACUAUGUUCAUUCUGUGCGAAGAACGACUUUCUGCAGAAGCUAUUUACAUAGAGAUAAGCACCUGUGUUUUUACAGACCGCUCAGUCAGUGAACACAGCCCUAUAUCCACUGUGUGGACAUGAGGAACUCAUUGUCUGGCCAUUUUCAAGGAAAGCUGACUCAACCUAAAAGAGGAAGACAAUGAUGGUGGGAGUAUUGUAGGUAUACAGCGGCAGCAUAGUCGAAUGAUUAGAAAUGUUGUGCUCAGCUAUGUGAAAUAACGCAGUGCUGUAAUGUGAAUGACAUGCAGAACACUGUACUUGUCUUCCUAAUGACAGCACAGAACUCGAAGCGGCUGACUGACCAACUGACCGACUAAGUGUGUGGGUUGCUCACUGAGUGGAGCUGUGGCUAUCUGAGGACUUUUGAGGACACGUAGCCCCGGGGAGAUACCGGCCGGGUGUUGGAGCCCCACCAUGGGCGAGACGGCAGAAUACCAGAGGCUGCAGGACACGUCAGAGCCUGAUUACCAACGCCUGCCCAGCGAUGAUGAAGAGAAACUGGGCAGUAGCAUGCAGUGUGAGGAAGGCACAGAAUGGCUGCUGGAGCUGCUGAUGGAGGUUCAGUUGCAGCAGUACUUCCUGCGGAUCCGAGAUGACCUUAACGUCACGCGGCUGUCACACUUCGACUACGUCAAGAACGAAGACCUGGAGAAGAUCGGCAUGGGUCGACCUGAGAAGACUGUGGGAGGCUGUGAAAAGGAGGAAAGCCAUGUGCAAGCGCAAGUCCUGGAUGAGCAAGGUGUUUAGUGGUAAGCGCCCAGAUGGAGGAGACUUCCCCCAGCAGGGCCAGCCGGCCUCCUCCUUUCGUAAGCUGUCUCCCACACCUCCACUGGGCCUGGAGUGUGCCCUGACCACACAGCCCGGCGGUGGCGCUCCUCUUGACGGGCAGCAGCAGGCUCUAACCUGCCUCAUCCCAGAGAAGGAUCUGACGCUGUUUGAGAAGCUGGGGGACGGCUCCUUUGGUGUAGUGAAGAGAGGAGAGUGGCUGACGCCUGCAGGGAAGGUGCUGAACGUAGCUGUGAAGUGUCUGAAGACAGAUGUGCUCAGCCAGCCCGACGCUCUGGAGGACUUCAUCUGUGAGGUCAACGCCAUGCACUCCUUGGACCACCAGAACCUCAUUCGCCUCUACGGUGUGGUGCUCACACACCCAAUGAAGAUGGUGACCGAGCUGGCUCCUCUGGGUUCUCUGCUGGAGCGUUUGCGAUGUGUUCGUCCACAGGGCCCAGUGUUGAUCCACACUCUGUGCCAGUAUGCCGUACAGGUGGCCUGUGGCAUGGCCUAUCUGGAGCAGAGGAGGUUCAUCCACAGAGACCUGGCAGCCAGGAACAUCCUCCUGGCCUCCGCUCACAGAGUGAAGAUCGGGGACUUCGGCCUGAUGAGGGCGCUGCCAAACAACCAUGAGCACUAUGUCAUGCAGGAGCAUCGAAAGGUCCCCUUUGCAUGGUGCGCCCCAGAGAGUCUGAAGACCAGAACGUUCUCCCAUGCUACAGACGCGUGGAUGUUUGGAGUCACUCUCUGGGAGAUGUUCACACAUGGCCAGGAGCCCUGGCUGGGCCUCAAUGGGAGCCAGAUCCUGCACAAGAUUGAUAAAGAAGGUGAACGCCUCCCUAAGCCUGACGACUGUCCGCAGGAUAUUUACCAGGUGGUGCUGCAGUGCUGGGCUCAGAAACCAGAUGACAGACCCACCUUUGUCGCCCUCCGUGAGUUCCUGCUUGAGACCAUGCCAACAGACAUGUGUGCUCUGCAGGACUUUGACGAGCCUGACAAACUCCAGAUCCAGAUCAAUGAUGUUAUUACCAUCAUCGAGGGGAGGGCAGAGAACUACUGGUGGCGAGGUCAAAGCAAGCGGACCCUUAAGGUCGGACAGUUCCCCAGAAACGUGGUGACAUCAGUAGCGGGUUUGUCAGCUCACGACAUCAGCCGGCCGCUCAAGAACAGCUUCAUCCACACGGGACACGGAGACAGCGACCCUCAUCACUGCUGGGGCUUCCCUGACAGGAUUGACGAUUUGUACCUCGGUAAUCCCAUGGAUCCUCCUGAUGUUCUCGGUGUUGACCUCAGUGGUACUCGGCCCAUACAUCUGCCAGGACGAGCUAGAAAGGAGCCUCCUCCCCGCCCUCCUCAGCCAGCAGUGUUAAUCAAGAAGCCUUGCUAUGAUCCAGUCAACGAUGAUGAGGAUCUGACUUCGGCCGGACUAAAGAGACUGUCACUUCGGAAAACGGGUUCUGUCAAAGGCUUAAAACUUAAACCCGCUGCAUGGGUCUCUGCUUCCAAACAGGGGGGUGGCCGGACUUCAGGCUCAGGCCACAACCCCCACAGUGAAGUCUCCCUCAUUGACUUUGGGGAGGAGUUCCCCCCGCCCUCGCCCACGCCCUCCCCCUCCCCUUCCCCUGUGGUUGAAAUUCAGAUUCCUUCACUGGCAAAGCUAGUUUUGGGAGCAGAGAACCUCCUGGACCGAACACCGCCUCAGAGUCCGUCUAGAUCGUUGCCCCGCCCCCUUCACCCGACACCAGUAGUGGACUGGGAUGCUCGGCCAUUACCUCCACCCCCCGCCUAUGACGAUGUAGCCCAAGACGAAGACGAUAUGGAGGUGAGCUCCAUCAACAGCUCCGAGCAGCAGCAUGAGGAGGAGCAGAGUGAGGUCUUAAACCCAGGCGAGGCUCUCUACUCUGGACAGAAGGUGGGGGGUGAGGCUCUUGUAUCCAAGGGUCCAGACAGGUCCGGCUUUGAGGACAACCUCUUUCUCCCCAGCAAGCAGAGCCAGGUUCUGUCCACCUCCUUCUCCCAGUCAGCAGAGAUCUUCCAAGAACUCCAGCAAGAAUGCAUGAGGAGGCUGAAUGUGCCGGCUGGAAGUGCUGCACGGUCGAGCUCGCCGUCCCAGAGCUCAGCCUUGUGUCCUCAGACUCCAUGGACCCAGGAGGUACACCAGCAGAGUGCCCUCUCCUCCAAUGAGGACAGACCCCAGAUCCCCCCACGUGUCCCCAUACCCCCUCGCCCCAUAAAGAGGGGCGACUACACAUCUGCUCGCUGGUCAAGGGAUCUCUCCCUGUCACCGACAGCUGACACCACGGAGGACGUUUCAGGCCCAGACCAGGAACGACCUCCUCAGAUUCCUCCCAGGGACCCUUUGUCCCAUCCUGACUCCAGGACUCCCAGCCCCAUGGGCCUGGUAGUGGGCUCCCCCCAGCAGAGAGUCUACUCUGUCAGCCCAUCCACCAUGCAGAAUCCCCUUACCUCCUGCCCCUCUACACACACCUACGGUUCCUACCUCUCCACCUCUCCAGCUAAACUCAUGCCUACCACACACAGCUUUGCAUCAGAUCCUAAAUAUGCUGCACCCAAAGUGAUCCAGGCGCAGGGGAAGGACGCCAGCAAGGGUCCCUGUAUCCUCCCUAUAGUGCGUGAUGGACGUAAAGUCAGUAACACCCAUUAUUACCUUCUACCAGAGAGGCCCCCAUACCUCGACCGCUACGACCGCUUCUUCAGGGAGGCGGAGAGCCUGCCUGCCAGCGGCCUGGAGGAAAGGCAUGUACGGCAAGCUAACACCGCCACUGUCAGACCCAUGGUGGUCAGCAGCCAGACUCUCCAGGGACACGCCCAGGGACAGGGGCUCGUCCAGCCAGACGAGCUGAAGGCUAAUUUCUCAUCCAACAAUAACAGCGGUCUGAGUGGGCUGCGGUCAGGGAUGAAGAUAUCAGUUAGUGUCCCUCGCGUGUGUUCAGACGGGCUGACAGCUGCGGUGGUCCCCACUGCUUCCUGUAUCAGGACAGAUGGAGGAGGGAACUCCGGUGACAGGGUCAAAAUGGUGCAGGAGGCCGUUCACGGUGUCACAAUAGAGGAGUGCCAAGCCGCCCUCCAGAACCACAACUGGCAUGUCCAGAAAGCUGUGUAUUAUCUAAAGGUGGAGCAGCUGUUCUGUUUGGGUCUGAGGAACAGGUCAGAGUGUCUGAAGCUGCUGGAGAUGUGUGACUGGAACCUGGAGGUGGCCAGCACCCACAUGUUAGAUAACUAUGGAUCCACAACAACACAGAGACGGUGACAGAGAUCUCAAGCUGCUGAGCUCAGAUUGGAAUUUCAUCCUCAAUACAACAUCAUCCGAGGAGGUGAAUCUGCUCCCGACCCGCCGCCAAUCAGAAGACUGUUAUUUGACUAUAAAAGAAUCAAGCACAUUUUCACUGAACUAGCAAAAAAUACUUAACUUUUAUUAAGGCUCCAUUCAUACUUAACAUGGACAAAGGAAUGUAGCCUGGCGUUAAAAAAAGUCGACUUUGGGUCAUAUUUUGACUUUGGUCUUAAAGAUAUGUGAUCGUUGCACUUCUGAAAAAAUCAUAGUCCGCCAUCUUUUCUAAGUUGUUCAGAGACACAAAAUGACACGCUACUUGUGAGUUGAAUUUCAUUUGAUCAGCCUGAAACGUGUCAUCCUAACAGAGUCACAGAUGCUGUGUCAAGUCCACUCACUGGGGUCGUCACUGCAGAGAUAAUUUCAUCUUUUCUUUUGUUAAUGUCAUUUAAAAAGCCGGUUUUAAGUGAUUCUGAAGAGUUAAAAGUACAACAUGCACAGGAGCGCUUCUGUGAAAGAUCCACACUUUACCAGUAGGUUAUUGUAUUUAGUCAGAAUAUGCCAAGAACUAUAUCAGUUUGACAACAUGACACUCAGAUCUCAUCAAGUGAACUGUGUCAGAAUUGAACAGAAAUACUGUACAGUGUAUACAGAUUCAGCCUGUACCAUGUCAAUGCACAACAAAACACAAAGCUAAUACUGAAUUGGCUGUCCAGGCAUUAUUGUACAGGAAAUCAUUUGGGCCCGUUUACAGUCAUAAAGAGGGGUGUGGAUGUGAUUAUGAAAAUUGUCUGCUGCUGAAAGACUGUAGAGUCGAGGAGAAAUGUGCAGAAGAAAUGCUGCUGCAAAAGAAACACUCAGACUUCUCUACAAUAAAAUAAAAGUCAUAUCCUGCACUCAGAGUCAAAGGUGAAACCAGCACCGUGUUGACCUGAAUCUAAAGAAUGAAUGAAAAUAAUUUGCUUCUUUUAAAUACCCACAAAACUGUCUAGUAUAUUCAAAGGGUCUAAACAUGAUACCGUUAUAAAGAGACCUUUAUGCGUUUGUUAACAAAAUAUUGAUAAAUUAUUGUAAUAUAUUUUGAACACAAUGCUCAGAGACAAGAGGAGACUUAUGUCCAUUACUGGGCAGGCCAUUUUAUAAAUUAGUUAAAUGCGUCUCUCCUUGAGCUUAACACUGAUCUAUGACUGUUGCCACAUGUGGCUUAAGAACUAAAGGGCCACGCAGUCGGUGGAAACUUCCCCCACCUCAGAUAUAUUCUGUCCUUAUUCCUUGUCACUAAGCACUUUGCCCACACAUAACUCCUGCACAUCAGCUGAAAACUCCUGCCAGCUGGGUACUUUCUGCAGACUACGCUGGCAGCUAAUAACAGAAAUGCAGUGAAAUCCACCCCAAGGCACAGAUCUUGUCCGAUGAUCAUCACUUUAAACCACAGCUGUGAUAUUUUGGUCAGCAGCUUCGGGGGCAAUAAUUGUGAGGACGUGUCGGCUCUGUGUGAACUCGCUGCUGGACAUGACAGUACAUUAUCUCACUGCGUAUUGUCACAGUGUAGCCCUCGGCAAUGAACAUAAAAAAUAUGUUCCCCCAUUUUAUUCCAGAUGCACUUAAACUCUACUAAAAAGGAAGUCAAAUAUAAAGGCAUGCCACAUGCUUUGAAUUCACUUUUCUGUGGUUAACCAAAUGUUGGUGCCAACUGGUACCACCUAUUUCAAUUACAAUAUGAGUGGUUGUCCACAUGAAGACACUGGCUCUGCUCCACCCAGCUCCUCCAUGUGUCCACCAAAACCCCAGUAUGUGACAGGUCUGAGCAGAAACUUCAAAUGGCCUCUGAAAAAAGCCACCAUGGAACCACAACAAGCCUGCUACCUGGCUGGGCAAAUUAAGAGGCUUUGAAGAAAACCGUGUGUAUAUGUCUAAAGGAUGUACAAGACUGAUGUUGGAUGACAACCUCCAGUAAAAAAAAAAAAAUGUCCCGUGUGCAAUAAGGCUGCUGUAGAACCUGUAACCUCCCAGUCUGUUCAUCCGUCAGUGCCAUCCGUCAUGUCAUCUCUGUCUUAGUCAUUGAAUGCACAGGAAACACCUAUUUCAGUAUAAAGUGUUUUCCUCCCCAGAGUAGCAGGAAGUUGUCCUUAAACACUGAUCCAGAGUCAGGUUUGCCAGUGUUCCCCUCUGAUGUGUUGUGGUGAAGCUGCUUGUUAAUGUGUGGGCGGCCUCCAGUGUGUUCAUGUGUUGUUUGUCUUGAUACCAAGCUGCUGUCGUUGUGUUGACGGACUGAAGUGAACCUUGUGGUGUUAUCAACCCGAAGCAACAUGCUCCUGUUGUGGUGUUUAGAAUCGGAUGUUAGAAAAAGAUUAGUUUCUGAAGAAACAAACUGUUUGCUAUUUUAAGUCUUUCAUAUUGUUUUUGCUGUUUCACCUUCAAUCCAACUCGCCAUUUCUUCCUCAGUUAUAUGUAUUUGCUUCCCAGAAUGUGUUUAUUUUUACACGCCUACUGUACAGUUGCUUGUCCUUGUUUCUCUCCUCCUGGGUUGAUGGAAAUGUUCAAGAGAAGUUCAUGCUGCCGAAUUUAUAAAUGUAUUUUUUAUUAAAGAAUUAAUUAUUUUUUACCUA